AUGGAAACUGCCUUUCCACAAGCUCACGUACACCAUGAAACGGCUAAAUCUUACUUCAAUGAUUUGAGGAAAAUGGUAUGUUACCUAAAUGACAUAUCAUUUCUAAAAAUUGUCUAAAUAUGUGAAAUUGUAGUAACAAUUUACUUAAAACUAACAUUUAUUGCUUAAAUAUUUAAAAUUUUUUGGUAAAUUAAUAACAUCAUUAAUCCACAAAUAACAACUAUUAAAAUGACUAUUUCUAUAAUAAUAUUGUUGUAGAUCAACUGGCCAGUAAAAGAAGCACGAUGUGAGUACGUAGCCAUGCAGAGCAUUCAACGUGCCAACUUCGAACGUCUAAAAGAAGUCUUUAACGCGUACGCUUCGGUCGAAAAGAAUGGCAAAAAGCAUAUGACUGACGAUGACUUUAUCAGAAAGUACCUUGGUUUAUAUAUCGAAGAGAACUACAACAAAGAGACGGUCAGACUGCUGGCUAGUGCUGCUGACACUUCUAAGGAUGGACUGGUGUCUUUCGAAGAGUUUUGUGCUUUUGAGGCUACUCUUUGCGCGUGGGUUUUGUUUUUUGUUAGUUUACUUUUUAGGUAACAAUAUAUGCAUAUCGUCAUAUGUAUGUGACAAUAAGAUGAUAAUUCAAAGCUUAUUGGCUAUAUUGAUGACAAUUUUAGACCAGAUGCCUUGUAUCUGACGGCGUUUGACAUCUUCGACAACAAUGCGAGCGAGUCGAUUACCGCAGAUGAGUUCGAGAAGGUCAUCAGACAUACCACACCGCUACAAGCCAUGGAUUUCGACUUCAACAGUGAUUUCAUUAAGAAAUACUUUGGAGCGUAAGUUAACAUAUUGUUUUGGUUUUCAAAGAGCGUUAGUGUUGGAUGUGUUACCUAAAAUUUUAAAAUUUGGCAAUAAUGAUAAUGUUUUAGGAACAAACAGCGACAGAUUGGAUACCAUGCGUUCUGUCAGCUUUUGCAUGACUUCUACGAAGAACAGGGUCUUCAAGCCUUUAAAAAGUAAGGUCAAUAAAUAUUGUGGGUUUCUUGUAAUUGGGUAUUAGUCCAAAGAAAUAUUUUUUUGAGAAAAAAACGAUUAUAUUAUAUAUUUAUUUUGGUAAAUGUUAUUUCUGAUGUCUACAUGGUUGAUUAUAAAUAAAAAUUUAGAUUUGACAAGGCUGGAGAUGGUAGUAUUACAUCAACCGACUUUUUUCAUAUUAUGACAACAAUCAAGUCUCACUUGCUGACUGAUUUUGUCAGGAACAACUUGAUUGCUGCUGCUGGUGGAAAUGCAAGCGCUCACAGAGUAUGUUGCAAUAUGUUUACAGUAUAACUUUUUGUUACCUAAAAUGGGGCGUUGCUACUUUAGGUUACUUUACCAUAUACAUGGUUAUUGUGUCUUUUAAUGAUAAUUAUAAUAAAAACAAGGAUUUUUGCACUGUCUGUAAACUAAAACUUUGUUUUAGGUCCGUUUUCCUUUCUACCAAGCUGUGAACUCUCUCCUGAACAAGGUGGAGUUAAUCAAACGAGUUUACAUCUCCAUGGCUCGCGGUAAUUUGGAUCUGAAAGUAACAAAAGAAGAAUUCCUACAAGCUGCUCAAUGCUACGCUCAGAUCACACCGUAUGAAGUAGAGAUUCUGUUCCACAUCUGUGAGUUGGCUCAUCCCGGAAACCGGCUGUUGGGAAUGGAAGACUUGGAACGUGUCGACCCCGACAGACUCAAGAGAGUUACCUACAUGACCCGACUCACCAACAUCAAGGCGGUUCACACCAAAGAUGAACGUGGAGUGGGUACGGCGAUUCUGGAGAGCGCUUAUCGUUUCACGUUGGGUUCUAUUGCUGGUGCUACUGGUGCUACGGCUGUGUAUCCGAUUGACUUGGUUAAAACUCGAAUGCAGAAUCAGAGAACGGGAAGUGUGAUUGGAGAAGUGAUGUACAAGAACAGUUGGGACUGCUUCAAGAAGGUCGUCAAGUUUGAAGGUGGGUUUGCUACCUUAAUUUAAUAUUAUACGUUUGUUCCGUUUAAUACACAUUAUGCUUUGUACUCUUUAAUUACGGAUUCAUUAUAGUUUUUUAAAAUACGUUCCAACCUUAUGCGUGAGUGUAUUUAGGUGUUCUCGGACUCUACCGUGGUCUUUUGCCCCAAAUUGUUGGUGUUGCGCCAGAAAAGGCCAUCAAGUUGACGAUGAACGACUUGGUACGUGACAAGUUGUCGAAGGAUGGCAGAAUUCCUAUUUGGGCUGAGAUUCUGGCUGGUGGUACUGCUGGUGCUUCUCAAGUCGUAUUUACAAAUCCGUUGGAAAUUGUCAAGAUCCGGCUACAAGUUGCUGGCGAGAUUCAAGGUGGAGCGGUAAGGCUAUUCCUAUUUCAUUGAACUUCGAAUUUUUUCGAAGGCUCAAAAUGAAAUUUUUAGUAAAAGGAAUCAUGUUGAUGUUUUUUCUAAAAUCCGGGGAGCAACCAGCUCAAUCAUUAAUUUUUUUUAUUUUAGAAAGUUGGAGUGUUUCAAGUACUGAAAGAACUGGGGCUUUUCGGACUGUACCGUGGAGCUCGUGCUUGUUUCCUCCGUGAUAUUCCUUUCUCCGCCAUCUACUUCCCUGUCUACGCCCAUGCCAAGAAGAACAGUGCUGACGAUCGUGGGCUGAAUGGACCUGGAUCUCUAUUCGCUUCAGCUUUCAUUGCUGGUGUACCUGCUGCAGCUUUAGUCACUCCAGCUGAUGUCAUCAAAACUCGACUUCAAGUAGCUGCCAGGGCUGGCCAGACAACGUACGACGGUGUUAUCGACUGCUUUAGGAAGGCAGGUGUUAUUGUUUGGCAAAUCAUAGUUAAAACAUGAGUAAAAAUGUGUUUAAUGCCGUAGACUAAUACUAUUAUUUUGUAGGUGAUGAAGGAAGAAGGUGGAAGUGCUUUGUGGAAGGGAACGGCUGCCAGAGUUUGUCGAUCGUCUCCUCAAUUCGCUGUGACAUUGUUAACAUACGAACUGUUACAAAGAGUGUUCUACGUGGACUUUGGAGGCACACGACCUACAGGAUCAGAAGUGUCGGCUCACGCUAGUGUUGUAGACAGAGCGUCAGGCAAUCCAGAUCACGUGGGAGGCUACAGUCUGGCAGCUGCCACUUUCUCUGGCAUCGAACACAAAUUUGGCUUAUUCCUACCCAAGUUUGAAGUCACUAGAAAGUAA